UCAACACAGCAGGUACCAAGUACGCAUGCGUGAAAUUCCGCUUUCUUGUUUCCAAGACUGAUGAGCCCGAAAAGAUAAAAUAGGAUAUAUGCUUAUGAAGUACUUAGUUUAUAAGUAAAGCGAAAGGAUGAAGAGGGUUUUCAGUUUGAGCAACAAGAACUUUGGUGGUCAUGGAACGAUAACGUACAGCUGGCAAAAAGCUUUGGGAAACUACCUGGCAACAACAGGAGCUGACCAUAUCAUCAGAAUUUAUGACAGACAUGGAGAUCUCAAGGAAGAAAUCAACUUACCAGGACUGUGCACCGGUUUGGGAUGGGACAAGGAUGGAGAUACACUUGCGGUUAUCAAUGACAAGAACGGAGUGGUCACGCUUUGGGAUGCUAACACAAUGAGAACCAGUCAAUUAGAUAGUGGCCUCAGAGAUCAACUCACAUUUCUAUUGUGGGCCAAAGCUGGACCAUAUCUGGCAAUUGGAACAUUCAAAGGAAACCUUAUGAUCUACAACCAUCAGACCUCUAGGAAGGUUCCCAUUCUGGGAAAACACACACGCCGUAUCACCAGCGGGUCAUGGAGUAACGAGAAUCUGUUGGCUCUGGCCAGCGAUGAUAACACGAUAUCCAUCAGUAACAUAGAGGGCGAUACGAUCAGGCAGACCUCGGUCAGAGCCAAUCCUCAGAACGUCCUGUUCUCGGAGAUGAAGGGAGACGAGCGCAGUCAGAUGGGAGAAAACACGGUCAGUGUGGUGAUUGGCAAGAAGACUUUAUUUUUGUACAACUUAAACGACCCAGAAAAUCCCAUAGAGCUAGCCUUCCAGCAGAGAUACGGAAACAUCAUCUCAUACAAAUGGUAUGGAGAUGGAUAUAUAAUGAUCGGAUUUUCACACGGAUAUUUCGUUGUCAUAUCCACUCACAUGAAGGAAAUUGGACAGGAACUGUUUCAAGCUCGAAACCACAAAGACAAUCUGACGUGUAUUGCUAUUUCGACUUCGCUCAAUAAGGCCGCGUCCUGUGGUGAUAACUGCAUCAAGAUCCAUGACCUUUCUGACCUUAAGGAGAUGUUUGCCAUUAUCAACAUGGAGGAUGAGCGUGGCCUGGAUGUUUUGAACUGGUCUGAUGACGGUCAAUUACUGGCCGUGUCCACUCAGAAGGGGAACCUCCACAUCUACCUGACCAGGCUACCCAUGCUGGCUUCUGCCCACCAAACUCGUAUAGCUCACCUGACCUCACUGCUGGAGGUCACCAUUGAGGACAAUGUGCAGCAGGACCAGCCUCUGACGAUUCCAAUAGAUGUGGAGCCCACCUUUAUCGGGAUCGGUCCGUAUCACCUGGGAUGUGGGAUGAACAACCGUGCCUGGUUCUAUCUUUUGGGAGAUGCAGGCAUUGAGAGACUGAAGGACAGAGAAUACUUGGGGACGGUCAAUCACAUCUGUCUAAAUGCUGACUAUGCUGCUGUAGGUUUUGAGGGAAAAGUCCAGCUUCACAUGAUUGAGGGAGAAACAGCAGGAACAACAGAUGAGCGGGAGACUCGAUUGUUCCCCGAGUCGAGUCAGGACGACUCGCGAGUCACAUGUCAUGAUCUCACCAAUGACUUCCUCAUCUAUGGAACUGAUAAUGGAGGAAUCAACUACUUUUACGUAGAGGACUGGAAUUUUGUGAAUGAGUUUCGCCACGUGGUAGGAAUUCGGCGGAUAUUUCCUGACCUGGGUGGAACACGGCUGGUGUUUAUCGAUGACAAGAGUGAUGGAUUUGUCUAUAACCCCGUCAAUGAUCAGGUUAUAGAGAUCCCAGAAUUCUCUUCCACUACUAAAGGUGCAUUAUGGGAAAACUGGGCUGGUGAAAAGGGAGUGUUCAUUACUUACGAUGACGAGAAGAUUUACACCUACCUGUACUGCAGAGAAUCCACCAAGGGCCCUGUAGUGGAAUAUGUGGGAGAUUCCAAACUUCCGUACGGAAUGGUCCCCAUCAUGCUUUACAAUGGGGAGAUAACUCUACAGACACAGAGCGGUCGUGUACAGACCCAGAUUUUGGACACCCACACAGCGUUGUAUACUGAAAAUAUUGAGGACAUGAGCCAGGAGGAGGUAAAGAAUGGACUGAAACAGAGCAUUGCUAUCAGGAGGUUCAAAGAAGCCUGGAGUUUCUGCGAGAAUUUGAACGACAUGGUUGCCUGGUUACAGCUUGGACAAGCUGCCAUGCAGGCUAUUGAGAUAGACUAUGCCAUUAGAGUAUAUCGCGAGAUCGCAGAUGUUGGCAUGGUGACCUCUCUUCAACAAGUCAAGCACCUAGAAGAUAAGAACUUGUUGUCUGGGUACAUAGCCAUGUUUUUGGGAGAAUUCAACUUAGCUCAGGAUUUGUUCCUGGCCUCCAGCAAACCACUGGCUGCUUUAGAGAUGCGUCGUGACUUGCUACACUGGGACAGCGCUCUCCAGCUGGCUAAAGCCCUGGCCCCGGAACAGAUCCCCUAUAUCUCGCGUGAGUACGCUCAGCAGCUGGAGUUCACUGGGGACUAUAUGACUGCACUGUCUCACUACGAGAAGGGCGUGACUCGAGAAGAGAAGGAUCGGGAACACGAUGAAGUGUGUGCUGCUGGGAUAGCUCGCAUGUCGAUCAGAAUGGGUGACAUCAGAAGGGGUGUUUCUAUGGCAAUGAAAAUGCCAAGCAGAAUCCUGAAGAAAGAAUGUGCAGGAAUAUUAGAAGGCAUGAAGCAAUGGACGGAGGCCGCCACGUUGUAUGAACAAGGAGGAUAUUACGACAAGGCAGCCUCAGUGUACAUCAGGGGAAAGAACUGGUCUAAGGUUGGAGACCUAUUGUCCCACAUCACAUCUCCCAAAAUCCAUAUCCAGUACGCUAAGGCGAAAGAGGCGGACGGUCGAUACAAGGAGGCUGCUGAGGCCUUUCGCAAUGCCAAGGACUGGGACAGUGUCAUCCGGAUCAACCUGGAUUUUCUUCAGAAUCCAGAGGAGGCAGUGAAGAUAGUUCGAGAUACUCACUCCAUAGAGGGCGCUAAAAUGGUGGCUAAAUUUUUCCAGAAACUCAAUGAUUACUCAUCAGCGAUCCAGUUCCUCGUCAUCUCCAAGUGUAACGACGAGGCCUUUCAACUGGCUCAAGCCCACAACCAGAUGGAAACCUACGCUGAUAUCAUAGGACCUGACGCCACUCCGGAGGAUUAUCAGAGCAUUGCUUUGUACUUUGAGAAUGAGAAGAACCAUUUCAUGGCCGGCAAAUUCUUCUUACUCAGCGGCCAGUACAGCAGGGCUCUGAAGCAUUUUGUGAAGUGUAGUGGUGAGAAUGGGCAGGCCAUCGAGUUAGCCAUCGAGACGGUGGGCCGAGCAAACGACGAGUCUCUGACACGCAUGCUAAUCGAUUUCCUGAUGGGGGAGACAGACAAUGUUCCCAAGGAUGCCAAGUAUUUAUUCCGUCUGUAUAUGGCUCUGAAGCAGUACAGGGAGGCAGGCAGAACAGCCAUCAUUAUUGCGAGGGAGGAGCAGAAUGCAGGAAACUACAGAAAUGCCCACGAUGUCCUGUUCAGUAUGUUUAAGGAGCUGAUGCAGCAGAAAAUCAAGAUACCCUCAGAGAUGUCCACCAACCUGAUGAUUCUUCACAGUUACAUCCUGGUCAAGAUCCACGUGAAAAGAGGAGAUCACAUAAAGGGCGCCAGAAUGUUGAUAAGAGUGGCCAACAACAUCAGUAAAUUUCCCUCACACAUUGUUCCUAUCCUGACCUCCACUGUCAUUGAAUGUCACCGAGCAGGAUUAAAGAAUUCCUCCUUUAGCUACGCGGCCAUGUUAAUGAGACCAGAAUAUCGUAACAACAUUGACCUGAAGUACAAGAAAAAGAUUGAGAUGAUUGUACGUAAGCCGGACAAAACGGAGGAAGAGGAACCACUGACCCCAUGCCCCUACUGCAGCUUCCAGCUCCCAGAAACUGACCUGACAUGUCCAGAGUGCAAGAACAGUCUGCCCUACUGUAUCAUUACGGGACGCCAUGUGGUGAAGGAUGAUAUGACAGCCUGUCCAAAAUGUGACUUCCCAGCCAUUUUCUCCGAGUUCAUCAAGUUGCUAGAGACUGAGGAAAGUUGUCCUAUGUGUUCCGAGAAAAUCAUCAAGGAGAAUAUACAGAAAGUGUCGGACGUCGAAAAGUACCUCCACCCAGAGGAAGGCACCGUGGAGUGACAGGUCCAUAGAGGGGAAAAUAGCUCCCCACCCACCCCCUCCAAAGUGUAAUGAAGAUUAAAGAGGACUUUUUUUGUCUGGUUGUGAGGAGUUACAUAUCCAGUGCCUCUCUGAUACAGUGUUUCUAAUAUUUCUAAAGACAAUUCCGUCCAUUGUGUCUUCGCUACUCAAAGCUUCUGAACUUUGCUUAGAUCUGAAUAAAUGUUUCUGAACACAU